UCUCGUCACGGAUAGACCGUCCUCGGCGUCGGCGUGGCGCCAUGGCCCCCGCCUUCCUCCCGUCGCCUCCCCAUCCAAAACCACCGCUACUGCACCACAACCCAAGCCCCGCGCGCCUGCUCACCCGCUGCGCUGCCUCACGCCGCGACUUCACCAUCCACACCGCCGUCGCCGGCGCCGCCGCCUCCGCCUCCGCCUCCGCCGCAAUGAGCCGCGUCGUCGCUGCUGCGGCCGAGGAGGCACCCCCUUCGCUGGCACCCUCACCGACACCUCCCUCUCUGAACGGCGGAGCCGCCCCGUUUUUGGGCGGCAUCGCGAGCACGAGGUCGUGGUCGCAGUACUACGGCAGCGGCUUCUCCAUCCGCGUGCCGCCGGCCUUCGACGACAUCUUAGAGCCCGAGGAUUUCAACGCCGCGAUGACCUACUAUGGUGACAAGGCCAAGAUCAGGGCAUACGCAGCUCGGUUCGCAUCUCCAGAUAGGUCAGAACUUGUAAGCGUGGUAAUCAAGCCAUCGAAUCAGCUCAAGAUCACAUUCCUAGAGGCCAAAGAUAUAACGGAGUUGGGCACUCUCAAGGAGGCAUCAAAGUUGUUUGUACCUGGUGGUGCAAAAAUAUACUCAGCUCGAACAAUUAAAGUAAAGGAUCAGGAGGAUAUUAGGACAUACUACUUCUAUGAGUUUCGUUUUGACAAACAACAUGUUGCUCUAAUGACUACCGUUGAUAGUGGGAAGACAUAUAUUGCUGCUGCUACUGCUCCAGAGACGAGGUGGGAGGCGGAUGGCGUGAAUUUGCGUUCAGCUGCUAUAUCUAUGUCUCUGGCGUGAUUUUCCAUUUACAUUAGAUCUGCGGUGUUGCAGCAUGUUAAGUAGAGUUUUCCCAUUUUAUUCUAAAGGUGACACCCAGUUCAGCACAAUACUCAUUCUAAGCAACUUCACCUUUUUGAUGAUAGCCAUCAGAUUGAAGUUGAUAAAACAUAUUUAUUUUACGGCAUGUUGCGUAGAAA